AGUUUGGUUUCCUCUGGCUCUCCUGCGCUCCGCGGCUCCUGGACUGUUUUCCUCCCCUCCCCCGGUCAUUGCGUCGGGAUUCCGCCGUUCACACGCUGGAACAUGGGGCUUUAUUGACAAAGAGAAAGAGCGGGGCUAAAUGAGAGGUUGAUGUAAGUGACAGAUGAAGACGCCCACGGAGUGAGACCAUGAAGCUGCUGCUGUGGAUCAUCGCUGUGGUUCUGCGGACUCUGCCGGGGAGCUGUGGAAGCGGCGUGCACUUCACGAAGCACCCUUCCAAUCAAACUGUGUCUCAGGGGAACGAAGUGAGGCUGGGCUGUGCUGUGGAAGGCGUGACAGAACCAGAUAUCAUAUGGAUGAAGGAUGGAAAGAAGUUGUACAGCACUGAUCAAGUGUUCCUCACGCUGGGAGAGCAGCACUGGGAGACGUCCCACAGUGUGAAGUCGAUCCGGCAACAGGAUGCAGGUCAGUACUGGUGUGAGGUGGAAUUUCACGGUCUGACCUUCUCCUCUGAUCGAGCCUGGAUAACAGUUGAAGGUGUUCCUCACAUCAUCCAAGAGCCUCAGGAUGUGGCGACAUUUCCCAAUACUCCCUUUAAUUUGUAUUGUGCUGCCGUCGGUCCCCCUGAUCCUGUGGAGGUGCUGUGGAAGCUGGGAGGAGUCCCAGAGGGAGGAUACCAACAGUCCCCCUCUGUCCUCCAUGUCCCAGGUGUGAACAGCAGCAUCAAGUUCUACUGUGAAGCAAAGAACAGCAGAGGGGUCUCUGUGUCCAGAACCGGAACAGUCCACAUCAAAGUGUUGCCAGCAGCUCCGGUCGGCCUGCAGGUCCGCAGGAUAACAGACAACAAUGUGACCCUGUCAUGGAAUCCAGGAUUCAUGGGUCACUCUGAGAUCUCCUCCUGUGUGAUUCAGGUGAUGAGGACCUCAGGUCGUAGGUGGAACCUCCCUCAGCAGGAGGUGCGGGUUCCUCCUCACGCCCACAAUCUGACAGGCUUGAGGAGUUAUUCCAAUUACAGCACGAGGGUCUCCUGUGUGAAUGAGGUGGGACCCUCCCCGUUCUCCCCGUGGGUGUCCUUCAUCACUCCGGAGUCAGUGCCCUCUGUGGCCCCCAAGAACCUGAGCCUUGAGAUCUCAGAGGAGCAGCUGUCUCUGAGGUGGGCCAGGCUGAAGGAGGAUGAGCUGCAGGGGAAACUGGUGGCCUACAAGCUGCAGUGGACUCAUGGAGGAGAACCACAGGAGCCAUUGCUGUUUAAGGAGAACUCUGCUCAGAUCUCUGGAGGAGCCCGUUUCUUUAACGCCUCCAUCCAGGUGGCAGCCUGCACCUCGGUUGGCUGUGGACCUUGGAGCCCUCCCAUGCUUGCGUUGCCUCCCUCAGGCCCACAGGUCCAAGAGCCACGGAGCCACAUGACGGUCGGCCUCCUGUUUGGAUUCCUUGGGGCCACCAUUGUUGGGUUCCUGCUCACUGUCGCAGCUCAGCGCAGAGGGAAAGAAACAAAGUUUGGCUCAGCCUUUAAGGGUCCUGGUCCUGAGAGUUCAGUGUUCUUCACAGCAGCUCGAUCAUUCAGCAGAAACGUGACUGAUUUACAUGAGUCCACACUGGACAGUCUCUGCAUCAGCAGCGAGCUGAAGAACAAGCUGCAGGAUGUCUUGAUUCCAGAGAGACUUCUUACACUGGGCCACAUGCUGGGAAAAGGGGAGUUUGGCUCUGUGCGUGAAGCUGUUCUGAAGUCUGACGAUUCAUCUGUGCAGAAGGUGGCUGUCAAAGUGCUGAAAUCUGACGUCACCUCUUCAGGUGAUAUUGAACAGUGUCUAAAGGAGGCAGCCUAUAUGAAGGAUUUUCACCACCCCAACGUCAUCAAGCUCAUUGGAGUGAGUCUACACCGGCGUCCCAACCAGCGGCUGCCAAUCCCAAUGGUGGUACUUCCAUUUAUGAAGCACGGUGAUCUACACACCUUCCUGUUACUGUCACGUUUGGGAGAUGAGCCAUUUGAUCUAUCUCUUCAGUCUCUGGUCCAAUUCAUGCUGGACAUUGCACGGGGGAUGGAGUAUCUGAGCAGCAAGAACAUCAUUCACAGAGACCUCGCUGCCCGAAACUGCAUGUUGAACGAGAACAUGUCUGUGUGUGUGGCAGACUUUGGACUCUCUAAGAAGAUCUACAGUGGAGAUUAUUACCGCCAGGGCUCUGUUUCCAAACUGCCUGUCAAGUGGAUUGCUCUAGAGAGUUUGGCAGACAAUGUGUACACCACUCAGAGCGAUGUGUGGGCGUUUGGUGUAACAAUGUGGGAGAUCAUGACAAGGGGUCAGACUCCGUAUCCUGGGGUCGAAAACUCCGAGAUCUAUGAGUUUCUGAUCAAAGGAGAGCGUCUGAAGAAACCUGCAGACUGCAGAGAGGACAUUUACGAGAUCAUGCACAGAUGCUGGAGUCCUGUCCCCAAAUGCCGUCCCAGUUUCCAGCAGCUGGCCACUCAGCUAGAGGCACUACACCUGACCCUGUCCCCGACCGCUCCUCUGAAGGAGCCUUUGCUCUACAUCAACCUGGAAGGGGACAACAGAGAGGACGACAGGGAGGGUGCUGUUGGAGCCCGGAUCCUGGGACCUGAGGCCACAGCAGAGGCUUCCAGCUGCGGCGUCCCAUGGCAGCGAAGGCCAGAGGACGAGGAGACAGACUGGCUAAUGGUGGGAUCUAGGGAUGCACGGGCCAUUGCAGGUGACUACAGGUACAUCAUUGCCCCCUGUGGAGCCAUCGCAGAGGAAGGGGAGGGGCUAGGGUCAUCGGAUAGAAGAGGGGACUUAGGAAACGGACCCCUCCACGAGACACGGGAUGAAGAGGAUGACGUUGUAAUUAAUGUUUGAUAGACUGACCUGUCACGUUACACUUGCCUCUCUUUUUGUCCUGGAGUGGCAGCAGCUGAGAGAGACCGGCCAUAGUACAAAAACACCAACAUUCCCAGUAACUGUCUUAAGGUGCACUGACCUACUGCUAGUGCACAAACACAUCCUUGGCCUAAUGUCGACUGAGUCAAUGGUUGAGGGGCUAAAAGUCUCUGGGUCAUUUCAGAGUUGUUGUUUUUUUUGUAAAAGACAUGAAAUAUUUUGUGGUUCACCUUCCGAGUCAUCCGUUUUAUCAGUUGGUUUUUAGUUACAGCAGUGUGUCAGUUGACCAGUCAUUUGAGAACAUUUCUCAACUCUGAGAGCUGCUAACCAUCCGUGUUACUUUUGGUCGAAUUAUUACUAGAGGUGCUACGAGAAAUCAGCCGAGGAUUCCCAGAAUCAGAUGGAUUUCAGCCUGACUGCCCUUGAUUGGCCAGUCGAACGCUCAAAAAUCUGAUCUUGUUUUAUCAGUAAAUGCACCACACUAAACACUGCCAGGUGGGGCUGAAAUGAACACUCUUCAGUGUGGACUCUGUCACUUAGGAAAGGAUACUCAAAAUGAGUUGAUUUCAGUCUCUGGGAUGAGCGAGGAGUCUUAAAGGUGGAAGAAGAUCCAUAAAAGGAAACAGUAUUUUCUACAAAGUGUCAAUGUCUGUAGAAUGUGAGAAAGCAAGAGAGAGCCAGACAUUCAGGAGAUGCAUGGAGGGUUAAACAGAGUACAGCACAGUUGCUCUGCUGAUCUGAGCUUUCAACGUCCGCCUGCUGUGGAACAUGCUGGAUUUGGAAAUGUUAAACUACUAGAGUUACAGUAAAGAUCUAAAUUACCUAGAAUAUAUUGUUAUUGAUUAUACUAGCUGUGCUAAUUACUACUAUACGUUGCUUAAGACAUUUUCAAAUGUUUCAGUGAUUCCUCUCUCGUACAGUGACGUGAAGUCACUUUAGCUUCUGAUAGAAAUAAUGACUGGUCAUGACGGGAAGGCUAGAAAAAGUGUUUUAAGAGCUAAUUAAUUAUAAUCUGUA